AUGUCGAUCUCAGAUGCAGCCAAGGGCCGGUUUGGAGCCUAUGCGGGGAAGCAGAAGUAUGGAGCAUCUCGUCAUGAAUUUCUGGUGGAUUGGAAUGGUGUCCGUAUGACGAUGCAGAAUGACAGAGGUGGGAUCGCCAAGGAUGUCUAUGACAAUGGCACCCGUUGCACAGAUCUUUAUGCUAUCUUGCACCAGAUUCUGAAGGAGGAAUUAUCGAGCAAGGUGAAGGCGGCGGUGCCUACACCGCUGGUUUCUACGGAAUGGACAAUGGCUUAUGUGUUGAUGGAAGCAAGAACAACGAGAAUGUUGUUGGUAAAUCCUGCGCCCCAACUUAAGGUUUUAGCAGAAUCCAUAUCGAAUGACCAUGCGUUGAAAGUAGUGUAUCCUAAGGAAUUUAAGUUCAAUGCUUUCAAAGCUGUACUUACUGCGGCCUGGACCUCGUGGCUCAAUGGGGAUUGGAACCUGACGGUGCGAGAUGAAAAGGCCAAGAAGACUACUGCAGGUGCCACUGAAGGUACACAGGAAGACACCCUGGCUAAUAGCCUAAUGACUGCUGCUAAAAAAAACUUAUUAGCAAUGACGAUGUUGUGGAAGCAAAGGGCUCAAGCGGUGGCCUGUCUGGUGGAACCAGUGCUAGCAGACACCUUUGUCAAAGCUGACAUAGAGACGAUGUUGAGAUAUCCAGUGUUUGGGGAAGAGGUCAUGACAAAACUCAAGGCCACUGAAGUGGACUUAAGAAACUUUGCCAUUGCUUGCUACCCUUUAGAGAAAGAUAGAGUGGCGGUAGAAAGCGCUUAUGAAGCAGGUGAACCCCCCCUGGUUGUUAAAAUCCAGAGUGACUUACUGCUAGUAAGAAGGCCGUCCGCACAAGAGGGCAAUCGUGCUGGAGGUGUGGUAGGAGCCUUGGGGCAGGUACCGGGCUCGGAUCGUUACUCUGGUUGUCACUCCUGCGGAAGUGCGAGUUAUCUUGAGAGAGACUGUGUUGCCAAGACCAGCAGCAGAACUGUCCCACAAGGUGCUGCGCAGAAGUUCAAGAAGCGGAAAAAGGAAGCGCUUAAGAGAAAGUGGGAUGAGGCGGCUGUGGUAGUAGCAUUGAAGCAUGUAUCUAAGGAUGGCGCUAAGGAUGCGGUAGUAAGCAACAAGAGCAAUGACAAGGUGUCGGUGGUGGCAAGUGCCACUAACUUCGUGACCCCGGGACAGGAGUGA